GUAUUUACGUUCAUCAUCAUGGCGAUGUUGGCAGCAAUUAUCAGUGAACGUUCUUCAGUUUCAACGAGACUGUACUAUGCGGCUCUAAGCCACUAUCCUAGAAAACAGACUUCGUCUUUCUAACCACUAAGGGAACUAGAAAUCUUACCUAGAUUGUCCGAUUUCUGUAACUAAAUGUAUUGUUUUUAAAUUAUGACUAUUCGAUAGUUUGAUUCGAUGGAACUGUUAGAUUGCGCCCAUCACUGGUAACCAAUAUUGAUACAAAAAUUUACUCCGGAUAUUUAUGAAAAUUUGAUGAAGAAUGGAUGAAAUUGAAUAUAAACUGCAGAAGAAGAAUGCCAUUUUAGUGGUGAAUGCAGUUUCCAAACUUGUUGAUACUAUAAAAAUGAAAGGUGCUCCACAUUCUGGAAAAAUUGAAGAGCUGCCAGAACUGAUAUUACUAAAGGAGAAAUGUGAAGAUGCUGAUCCCAUUAUAAGUAUUACAGCUUGCCAGGGAGUUGUAACUCUUGUUGAAGUUGGUGAACUUGGAGUAAUACCAACUUUAUCCAGCUUCAUAGCAACAUUGCCCACAGUCAGAAAUUACACUGGAGUAAUAUCUUCUAUUGGAGCUUUGUUGAUUCUUGAUCUUAAAGCAAGACUCUCUGAAAAUAAAUCAUACCGGUGUCCAUUCAGCCUUCGAUCCCCACAACAUCCUUUGAUUACUGUACUGAAGCAGAAUAAAGAUUCUUGGUUCGAUGUAUUCAGUGUAAUGCAGUUUAUCUGCAGUCAUAACGAGGACAUUGUUGUUCAGAACAGUUUGGAAUUACUGCAUCCUGUAUUCUUGUACGUACUGUGUAAUCCAUCCCUGCCACCGAAUCUGUCUAUGGCCUGCAAACAACAGAUAUGGAUGCUACUACUUAAAACCACAUUUUCAUAUGAAACAAAGGAUAUCCUGUUUGAAGUUUUAUCUUGGCUUCCGGUUGAGUCUGAGGCAGAGACACUUAGAACAAGCCAUAUGUUUCUGAUGCUGGUAGAACUGGCGUUGCAGAAUGAAGACACACCUUUGUGUUCUAUACUGGCUCCAUUCAUAACUGCACUGACCCAUCGGCUGAUAUGCCAUGGUCAUGACCCUCGAUCUUGCCUGUCAGCUCUUACUCGCCUUCUGGUCAUAAGCCCUGAGACAAGUAGCUGCAUUCUCAUGCUUCUCUCCAAAACUGUUGGUUUAUGUCCUGUAAUCUAUUUGAGGGAUCUGAUCGUCUUCUGUGUAACGAUUGUAGAAACGAAGAUGUCUAAUGCUAUAGCUAACAGGAUGUUUGUAUGUGGACUACUACAGUGGUUAAUGUAUCCUUCUUAUCUCACUGAAGAAGCACUGCAAACAACUACCAGUUUCCUUGCUCGGGUGAAUAGCAGUUCUUCGUGGUCAUCUUCCACAGGCCAGCUCUGUGCUAACAAACACUUCAACCUUUUACGGAAUACUGACGGUCUAGUUGGUUCUGUCAUAGAGAUGUGCAGAUUGGCUGAAACAUGGCAGAGCAAUCCAACAGUUAUUCAGGAUUGGAUGCAAAGAAUGAUAGAUGUACCCCAAGAUAUUAAUGAACACCUGCAAUUGUUUGUGUCGGCAUUAUUUAUUCACAACUUUGAUAAUAAUGAAGUAAGGCAAGGAAGUUUCAACUUGCUGCUGAAAAUGGUUGAAAAGAAUAACGAUUUUUCUGCCGUCGUCGUGAUCCUCAUCCUGUACAAACUAGCAGAAGAGAAAGAACCCCUUCUGCAGCUGGAAUUUUUAAGAGGACUAACCAAAAUGGCUGUUCAAAAGGAGAAUGUAAACCUGAUCCUACACACUCUUGAAUCACUGAAAGGCAAGCGAAGCAUGAAGACACUGCUUAUUGAUUUGUAUGUACGACUCUGGAAAGUAGAAUGCCGCUGUUAUCCUUAUCUGCAGAAACUACUCUUGGAAGAUCCAAUAUAUGGAAAAGACUGGAAGCUGGAUAUGGCUAGAGCCCUUGCCAUUAAAGAAAUCUGUGAAACCAGGCCUGAACAGUAUGGUCCAGAACUGGUUAAGCUGUUGUCUCAAAUUCUGAAUCAGUGUGGAAGUGAAACACAUGAGUCUGCUUGUGCACUUGCCCUUGAGGGAAUUAUAGCUCUGUGCAAUUCAGAGAUUAUCAAUGUUGCCACUACAUGGAGAGCCCUUGCACCAAAGUUAUCGAGAGAGAAAAGGCCAGUUGUCAUUAAAAGUUUGUGUAACUUCUUUGGCUGUGUUCUGAGCAUGCAGUGUUCAGGAAAAGAAUAUGACACGCUGGUUUCAGAGGUUGUCACUAAGCUGUGGAGUUAUGUAGUAACAAGUAAGGAUGUGGAAGUCAUUUCUGCUGCACUAAAUGUAUUGUCAAAGACUGACAUGGAAAAGAUGAGCCUGAAAACAUUACCUGCAUGUUAUCGCCAAGGUUUAAAACUUCCAACUUCCUAUGCUAAGACACCUGUAGAUGCUGCACGUAAACCUGAAGAUGUUCUUCCUUAUAUUCCAGGUGAAUGCUGGGUACAACUGCUGAAGAACACAAAGCCUGAUACUUUGAAUGCAGCUGGUGACAUGCUGGUUGGGUGGCUCAGUGUUGAAUUGACAUUGUAUCGGAUUGGAAUGUAUAGAACAGCUGCUGCACGUGGAGAACCAGCUAAUUACUCUUACCUUCAGCAUCGCAGCAUAUGUCGUGGCAUUACUGACUAUCUGCAGAGAUCAUCCCAGGGAACUUUAGACCCUUCCAAAAUUCCAGUGGUUAGGCAGUGUCUGAGAAUUCUAAGUCACAAUUAUCCAAGGACUCUUCCUCCGCUUAGCUGGACUUUCUUGCAAGAGUUUCUUCAAGAACCAGAACUUUGCCAUUAUAGCCUUACCAUUGCAACAAAACAGGCAUUAAUAUCUGAAUCAGCUAGAAGAAUAAUAGAGAAAUAUCUCAAUGGUUUUGACCCAAGUACAAAGAAUGAGGAAAUAAUAAGACACUUGUUUGACCAGCUUGAUGAUCUCUGUAAAGGCGUCCCUCCUAAUAGUUUAAGGCCUUUUAUUGAAAAGUCAUUGAAUCUGGCUAUUGAAGUCUCACAGGUUCAUGAAGGAGAUGAACAGAAAACCAUGCUGAAAGAGCUGCUGUCUCAGAUAAAGACAACUCUGAAGAAAGAUGAUAUCCAUGAUGCAAAUAGAACAGUGCUGUCAAUUCUAGUUGAGGAAUUGCUACAGAAGUUUGAUGCUAACAAUAAAUUCUUUGAUGCAUAUGUCGACUGUGUAACUGAGCUAACAUCAAAAUAUUUGGAACGUAUGAGCUCUCCAUCAUCAUGGUGGGAGGUAACUCCUGACAAACUAAGACAAUCUCUUGGAAUUCGCAGUGCUUUAGCACGUAAAGCUGAUUCUGAAGUUCCAUUGGUAUGGCUGAAUGAAUGUAUUGAUGCAACUUUAAACCUUGUGGCUGAACACACUAGUGUAUUGCAGUGCAUGGCAUCAGUGCUGAGUUGUGUUCGAGAGCAUGAAACAAAUUGUCGCUGGUUAAUGGAGCUCUUAGGACGGAUUCAGAAUGUAAUUAAUAAGAAAACAGAUUCAGAUAAUCAGCAGGCAAUAGUUUUUCUGUUUGAUGUGUUUUUGCUGACUGUGGUAAUACUGUCUGGACACGACUGUUUUGCACCAACACUUGACAGCAUAGCAUCAUCACGGGAAAGGAGAUUGCUGCUGUUCCCUCAGGCUCUUCUUACACUUCUUGCAAGGACACAGUGGAAAGCAGUUGCAUCACAGGUGAUGGAAUGGCUAUACCACAUGCAAAACCUCAGUGCUGUUUCACCACUGUACGCUGCUGCAUUUCGUCACGGUUUAAUGGCUCUACGGCAUGACAGAUAUUUCAAGACAUUAUCGGUGUGGAUGCGAUUCAUUUCCUGCAAUCCAAUAAAGUUCCAGUAACAGAAAUUAUGGAAGUUCACAUACUACUGCUAAAUAGAUACUGGCAAAGAAGAUGGCCUUAUAUCUUUUUCAUUCACACACAACACUUCAUCAUCUGCUACUUUCCUGUCUGAUCUGAGUUUGGCUUCCAAAAAGUUGCGGUACUUGUCUUGACCCCUUUUAAGAGGCGUGCGACUUGGGCUUGACUUCCGGCUGUUAGGAUACGACUUCAGCAGCUUUGCCCUGAAAUAUAACAUAGCAGUCAAAAUUGAUGUCCUGUAUUCUACAGUGCUGUAUUAAUCAUUUCCUUAUAUUGAACGCAUACUUACGCAUCCAACAGUUUCAAAAGCAAUUUCGAGUAAACCUGAUACUCCUCAUCCCCAAAUUCACCAGGAUCAUGCCGGGCAUGCUCAUACAGGUCACAAAACUGAUGAACAAGUUUCUGGCCCAGACCAUUAAGUGGUGCUGCUAGCGUUGUAAGUAGGUAUGCUCGUAGAUUUUCAGAAGGAUGGCGCAGUAAGCAACUGUCCUGCUUUGUGAUUUCUCGCUCUGAAAUUAAAUAUGUAUUUGAUAACCGCCAACAAUUAAAGUAGUGUCAAUAAAUUUAUAUCAGCUGUUAUCCAACUGAACUAUUAUAUUUGUAUCAUUAUCGCCAUUAUUGUUUGAGGAUAUAGUGAAUGCUUGUAAAAUAAACUUAUACAGAACUUAAGAAACUUAAUGUUUAAGUGACAUGUUAUUCUGUUGUUAGCAUUUACUUUCUAUGAUUUACCAAACUGAAGCCAAUGUUUCAAAACUCUUUUGACCACAGAAGCUUUUAGCCUUACAAAUAAAUAGAUAAAUAAUAAAAAUACAAUUUCAUUCCAGACAAA